GUGAGGCUGGGGAACAGUGACAGUAGUGAAAAUUCCGACGGUCCUGAAAGCAGCAGGGAUGAUGCUUCAGAUCCGUGGUACCUGUUAGCGGGAGGUUACCGGAUCAGUACCGCCGCUCCUCGGUCAUGCCUCACCUCUGGUAACACAGGCUGAGGACUCCCAGGCUCUUCGGAACCAAGACCCACUUCCGAACAGCGACAUGACGACCCGGUCGGAGAGGGAAAAAGCCCAGAAACAGAAUGAGCAGCACCAGGCCAUCCUGUCCCAGCUGCUCAGGGAGACGGACAACAAGUACUGCGCUGACUGCGAGGCUAAAGGUCCUCGGUGGGCAUCGUGGAACCUGGGAGUGUUCAUGUGCAUCCGCUGUGCUGGAAUCCACCGCAACUUGGGGGUCCACAUCUCAAGAGUUAAAUCUGUCAAUCUAGACCAGUGGACACCUGAGCAGAUUCAGAGCAUGGUGGACAUGGGCAACAGCCGAGCUCGACAGCUGUACGAAGCCCACCUCCCAGAGAGCUUCAAACGGCCUCAGACAGACCAAGCAGUGGAGGUGUUCAUCAGGGACAAAUAUGAGAGGAAGAAGUUCUACAACGAGGUCAUGACAGCAGCUUCACAGAAGUCAUCUGAAGCUGCCCCUUCCUCCACUUCCCCAUCCUCCCAAUCUGACAGGAUCAAACCGGAGGUUCAGAAAGAGCGUGACAAGAAAAAAGAGGAGAAGAAGAAGGAGAAGGAUGGUGAUAAAGUGGAAAAACAAAACAACACAAAGCAGUCAUCCAGCAGAACCAGUCCCAAGAAAAACCCAGAGCCGGCUGUGGACCUGCUGGAUUUAGUCUGGCUCCAGUGCAGCACCUCCCCAGGUGGAUACUCCCACCACCUCCGCAGCCUCCUCGUCCUCCUCGAGCAGCAGCAAGGUGGAGAAGAAGAAGCUUUUAUCUAAAGACUCCAUCCUGUCUCUGUAUGGCAGCCAGCCACAGAGCCAGCAGCAGCCUGCAGCAGGCCAAGCAGGUGGAUUCGUGGGGCAGCCUCAGGUGCCAUUUACGCCACAGAACAUAAACCUAUCAGGCACCAUGAUGGGGGGAGGAGCCACAGUGGCGCUGCCUAACAGUGGUUUUGUGCAGGCGGGGCUGGCAGCCAACCAAGGACUGAACACGUGCAACAUGCAGCAGGACCAGGGGACGAUGAAGCAG